AUGUAUACAGCGUCGUUUGCCUUUUUCGAGGCCAUAUGGGAGGCCGGUGUCACCCACUGCUUCGUCAACCUAGGCUCGGAUCAUCCUAGUAUCAUCGAAGCUAUGGUAAAGGGACAGCGGGAGGCUAAGGGCAAAUUUCCUCGUAUCAUCACAUGCCCAAAUGAGAUGGUAGCGAUGUCAAUGGCGGACGGCUACGCACGUCUAACAGGCAAGCCACAAUGCGUUAUUGUUCACGUCGAUGUCGGUACACAGGGCUUAGGAGCCGCAGUCCACAACGCUAGCACCGGACGUGCUCCAGUCCUCGUCUUUGCGGGCUUGAGCCCAUUUACACUGGAGGGAGAGAUGCGCGGUUCGCGGACUGAGUAUAUCCACUGGAUUCAGAACGUUCCUAAUCAAACCCAGAUCAUCGGCCAAUAUUGUAGAUAUGCAGAGGAAAUUAAGACGGGUAAGAACAUUAAGCAGAUGGUUAACCGUGCCUUGCAAUUUGCUACAAGUGCACCUCAAGGCCCUGUGCAUCUAGUGGGCGCAAGAGAAGUGAUGGAAGAGGAACUUAACCCAUACUCGCUUGACCAAGGAGUCUGGGACGCGGUAGAGCUGGGUGGGUUGCCACCGUCUGCUCCGCAGGAAAUUGCAGAGGCACUACUCGGUGCUGAGAACCCAUUGCUUAUCACAGGAUACGCGGGUCGAAACCAUAAAAUACCUGGCGCUCUUGUAGAGUUAGCUAAUACCGUGAAGGGGCUGCGCGUACUCGAUACCGGCGGUAGUGAUAUGUGCUUCCCCGCGUCCCACCCCGCCUGGCUAGGCCUCCGAUUUGGUAUCGACCCCUGGAUAGAAAAAGCAGAUGCGAUCGUCAUACUAGAUUGCGAUGUACCCUGGAUCCCGACGCUAAAUAAGCCGAAGGAUGGCACAAAAGUUUUCCAUAUUGAUGUUGACCCCUUGAAGCAGCUCAUGCCACUGUUUUACGUACCAGCUCAACACCGAUAUCGCGCGGACCCUCUACUUGCAGUUCAGCAGAUUAUUUCCGAAGCCAAAAGCAAGGCUUCAAGCAUCGAUGCGGCUGUUGCCACGAAGAAAUGGGAUGCCCUUCAGGCAUCAUACAAACAACGCCUAGAUACUAUAGCAUCCAAUGCAAAACCGGCCGAUGACGGUACCUUCGGCACUGGAUAUCUCAGCAAAACCCUACGCUCUCUGUGCCCGCAAGAUACUAUCUGGGCUAUCGAAGCGGUAACAAAUACUGCAUUCGUGCACGAUAAUCUUCAGCCAGAACUGCCAGGUUCUUGGAUCAAUUGUGGUGGAGGUGGCUUGGGAUGGUCUGGUGGCGGCGCGCUGGGCAUCAAAUUGGCAACGGACGCAGAAAACGGUGGGAAAGGCAAGUUCGUCGUGCAAAUUGUGGGCGACGGCACGUUCCUCUUCUCCGUCCCUGGUAGCGUUUACUGGAUUGCCAAGCGCUACAACAUUCCGGUGUUGACCAUCGUGUUAAACAACAAGGGAUGGAAUGCCCCUCGAAAGUCGAUGCUUCUUGUGCAUCCGAACGGCCUAGGGUCGACUGCAACAAACGAGGAAAUCAACAUCUCGUUCGACCCCGUUCCUGACUACGCUGGUAUUGCCAAGGCCGCUGCUGGCGGCGACCUGUUCGCUGCGAGGGUCGACAAGGUGGCCGAUCUUGAGCGUACUAUCAAAGAUGCCAUCAAAGCUGUGGAGGGCGGUCAGAGUGCUGUCUUGGACUGCAAGGUCAAUCUUGGAUCGUAA